AUGGGCAACUGUGCGUUCAAAGGCAAUGCCGAGACCUCCGCUGCUCGUCGCUCAGAGAUAAUCAGAGUAGCAACUCACAACGGCGGAGUGAUGGAGCUCUACCCUCCGGUCACGGCCGAGUGCAUCACCAACGGAUUCCCCGGGCAUGGAGUUUACCGCAGCCACGAAAAAUUCACAAGGCCGCUACUGCACAACGAGGAGCUCGCGGCCGGGGAGCUAUACUAUCUGCGACCCGUCAACAGCGCAGUUCCAUCGACGACCGACGUCGCUCCUUACCGGGUUUCGUUCGAUCAGCAUAGGUUGUGGAGGAGGAACGAGGAGGAGGCUUCGGAAGACGGGGUGAAAUGUGCAAAUAGAAUUGGAAUGUGGAAGGGGGAUAUGAUUGAGGGCGGAUGGGAGGUGUGA